UGGUUAAUUCCAGGCGUAGAAAGCCGGGAAGGGAACUAAAGAAAGACUCACUCUGAUCUUUCCUAUUCCUCCGGCUACCUUUCCCUGGUCAGCAACCGGGACCCAAGAGCAGCAGCGCUGUAGCUCAGCAAGGAAAAGGGGCGCAUCGAUUUCCGCCAGGCGCGAGAAGGACUCUCACACCUGAAAAGUUCAGGCGGGAAAGCGCACGGAGAGAACUCAAAAGCGAAGGAGCGCCAUGCAAUUCAGCGACCGUCCCGGCGGCUCCGCUUGGACGACGCCCGCGUGGAACUGGAGCGAGGGCCGGCUUACGAAGGCAGACGGCUCCGGCGGCAGCGUGGAGGCGCCGUGGUCAGGGAGCAAAGCCAACGGAAGCAGCGACCGCUACGGGCGGGACGAAGAGCUGGCCAAGCUGGAGAUCAUGGUGCUGGCUCUGACCUUCGUCUUAGCCGUGCUGGGCAACUUUUUCGUACUGCUGACGCUGCACCACACGCCGCGCAAAAAGGCAUCCCGCAUGCACCUUUUCAUCCGGCACCUGAGCCUGGCCGACCUGGCGGUAGCUUUCUUCCAAAUCUUGCCGCAGCUCUGCUGGGAAGUCACACACCGCUUCCACGGGCCCGACGGACUCUGCCGCGUGGUGAAACACCUGCAGGUUUUCGGCAUGUUCGCCUCGGCUUACAUGCUGGUGAUGAUGACGGCCGACCGCUACAUUGCCGUGUGCCACCCGCUCAAGACGCUGCAGGAGCCGAGCAAGCGCUCGCGCUACAUGAUCGCCGCCGCUUGGGCGCUCAGCUUCUUGCUCAGCGUGCCGCAGUACUUCAUCUUCUCGCUCAGCGAGGUGGAGAGCGGCUCGCAGGUCUACGACUGCUGGGCGCACUUCAUCAAGCCGUGGGGGGCUCGCGCCUACAUCACCUGGAUCACGGGCAGCAUCUUCGUGGCGCCGGUCCUCAUCCUGGCCACGUGCUACGGCUUCAUCUGUUACCACAUCUGGAGCAACGUCCGGGACAAGAUGCGGCGGCAGAAGCGAGAGAGGGCUCCUCCACGCAAGGGCGCCCUGCGCAAGGGGCUGCUCUUCACGCCUUAUGUCAGCAGCGUCACGACCAUCUCCCGCGCCAAGGUCCGCACCGUCAAGAUGACCUUCGUGAUCGUCUCGGCUUAUAUCGUGUGUUGGGCCCCUUUCUUCUCCAUACAGAUGCGUUCUGUCUGGGACGACCAUGCCCCCUGGCUGGAUUCAGAGGAUGUUGCAGUUACAGUGACCGCCCUUUUGGCCUGCUUGAACAGUUGUUGCAAUCCAUGGAUCUACAUGUUCUUCAGUGGGCACCUCCUACAAGAUUUCAUGCAGAGUUUCUUGUGUUGUCGAAAAAUGAAACAAAGAUUGAAUAAAGAAGAUACUGAGAGCAUCAGCAGGAGACAGACUUCUUUCACUAAUAAUAGAAGUCCAACAAACAGUUUGUAUACAUGGAGAGAAUCACCAAAUUUAUCAUGAUCUGUUAACCAUUUCAGUUUCUGGACCAUUGAUUAAACAUUGAUGGCUCCUUGAGUGCCCAAACAGCACUUUAGCACUUUAGCUAUCAGUUAUCAUGUGGUCAAUAAAAUAAUAAGUUGGCAAUAAAAUAAAGAUUACCAUUUUAUGUUAAUGAAGGCUAUGGAUUAAUAUGUAAAAAGAUACAUGAAUGUGUAGUCCAUUAUAUUGAUGGAA